GCGACCGUUUUAAACGGGAGGAGACUGCCUUUGCUCACCGAAGGAAGUCAUGAACGGCAGAACGAUGAAGUCAUCGCCUUCACUUACAGCUAUGUGAAUCCUACUGAUCGAUCAACGUGCACACAGCUGAGUAGUUCUCAUCGUCUGCGGAAGUAUUUGCCUUGCCUUAGGAAGAGGUCAUGGAACAAUGCGAUCUCCUAUGUUUCGCACCACAUAUUCUUUGAAACGUGAAAGCUUAGGUUUGAGAGCUAAUUGGUAUGUAACGCUUAACAUGUUAAUAUUCGUUUUUGGAUCACCUAUAGACUAGAUAGCAAUAAGGUGUCUUGGAAGAAUAGUUUAAUCUGUGUAUUAAUUUCAGAGUUAUGGAAAUAGAGUAGAAUGGUUUUUUUGUUUUACAAUGAAUCAAGGUUGAAACAUCAAGAUGUGCUGUUUUUGGAAUUAUAUCAAAGUGCGCAAUAAAACAUACUGUAAAGAAACAUGGUGCUCUAAGAAAUUGGACAGUCGCUUCUUUUACGGUGUAGCCUAGAGGAAAGUGAAGCACUUUGAGGCAUGGAUAAGUUUCUCCAGAUCGCCCCUCACUCCCUGGCCAUAGUGCUGUCUCGGGUUGAGCCGGAGAACCUGCCCCCGGUAACGGACAAGCUACAGCACCAUCACACUGGAUACGAGAUAUUCGCCGAUUUCAAAGCCGUUAACAUGCAGCACUUCUGGAAUAAGAAAGUUAUCGAUGCCCUAUCGGAUACUUUUUUCCUAGGUUGGAUUGAUGAGCAUGUCCUUCUGAUCCAAGGGAAGGAAGAUCACCUCGAGGUGCUCAGAGAGGGAUGGACGAGGCGGGCGCUUAAACCGCCUGCAGGAUUCAAGAUCAAGUGCAUAGGUCCCACGCAUCGCCACACAAUGUACUUCAUUGUGAUUGAAUUGAACCAUCGCAAAAAGUGUGAAUGUACCAUUUGAAACCAAGUCUAUUUUCUCACAUCUAUGCGCGCAACUCUGCACAAAUGAACUGAUCCAUAUCAAAUACAAAUACCCUGUGCCUUACCAAGGAAGGAAAUUGCUUGGCAUGUAGUUUCUUUAUGGCUUGCCGGAU